AAGAUAAAGAAAAUUAUGGGAAAACAAGGGGAGAGAUUAUUAAUUUAGAUAUUAGUAAUCAAAAUCUAGAAGGAAAUUUGUGUACAUAUCCAGUAACUGGAUUUUCUAAUCUCCGCAAAGUUUAUCUUUCUCAACUUCCUCAAUUAACUCACUUAGAUUGCAGUACCAAUUCUCUCACUGAAAUAACUUUAGUAAGUAAAGAGUUACAAGUAUUGAAUUGUUCUGAUAACCCUCUCCUUAACAGUUUAAAUUUGACUAAUCUGCCUCAUCUUAACUCUAUAGAUUGCAUGGGCAUUAAAUUUGAUAAGUCAAUUACUACUACUUCCAUUUUCACAACUUCUACUGUUUUAACAACAGCAACAGUUUAUACCAACAACCCUACUCUCCUUGGCAGCACCAUCGGCCUCGGAGUUUAUUCGGGAAUAAGCACUCUGGACCUCGCGGGCAAACUAACUAUUUCCGAUUUUCCCCAGUUAAAGAAAAUAGAUGUAAAUGGUUUAUCUAGUGAAGAAAAAUUAACCCAACUUCACCUCAGCAAUUGCCCACAAUUAACUUAUUUAAAUU